AUGAAUCCGGAAAGAACCCCAGACAGUCCGGGUAGUCAAGGUGCAAUGUCACUUAAGAUUCCAAACGUGCACGAACCCACUAUAUCACAGCCUCUGAUCGAUAAGGCAACACUCAUGAAAAAGCUUGAAAGUAUUCCAGCCGACACACUUCGCAAGAUUCUUUCGGAGCAAGUGGACUUGGAGAUUCGUCUCAAGCAUAAAGAGCUCAAACUAACUGAAGAAGAACUAGGUAAAUGUGAAGCACAAAUGAUAGCAAUCCGGCAGUUUUUUGAGGUACCUUCCGACGUUACAUUCGAGAAAGAGCCUAAUCAGUUCACACUCAAAUAUUACGAUCUCUUAAACCGUUCAUUGUCUGUUAACUUCACCAAGCUUCAACAACAGCAGUAUCUGCAACAAGGGCAGCCAAAAUUUAACGAAGAUGUUUUCGUUGAACAAGAGCCUGUUCAUUCAUACCGCACAAGAUCUACCACGUCGUCGCUACGACCCAGUUUGACUGGGCCAGCGUUGCGUAUUUCAGGUUGCUUGUACCGAAGGACGGAUGGAAUUAUAGUAAAGUUAACAUGCCCAGACUGCCAACGAAGCAAUUUUUCAUCAGCACAGGGAUUUUUGAAUCAUAGCAGAAUCGCUCAUACAAAAGAAUACACCUCUCAAGAUGCUGCUGCGUUGAGUUGUGGAGAGAUUUUACCUGAACAAUUUCAAGACGAAGAAGGUGUUGCUAGUUUGAAUAAUUUGAAGAAAAAAGGGGUGGAUCCAUCGAAGAACUUGAACGUCAAUGAAAUUUACUUUAAUGGGCUCAGUAAUACUUUGAACACAGUGCAUAGAGCGAGUGAAACUCCUACAGAAAUGACGCCUCCAGUGAAAACUGAAAAUAAGAAUUAUAGUCCUGAAUCUGAGAACGAUGUUGGUUCCGAUGAGUUGAUGAAAAAGCUCAUAAAGAAUGGCGUGGCUCAUGACGCUCAAGAGUACAAACUGUUAGUGCGGGAGGUCAGACAGCCCAUUGCUAACUCGCACUUAUUUGAUGACGAAGAGGAGGUGAAGGAAGAAAUCAAACCAGAGGUUGUCUCUCCACCGACGACUACUUUUAAGGAGACCGCUGCAAAGCCGGAAGUAGGUGGGAAGUAUGAGAAUAGGCUUCGGCGCCGCAAAUCGCGUGACAGCGCACUGAUUGUGGAGGAAGCUGAGAACGCGGACGAUGACAAGAAAUUAAAGCGCAGGAAAAGUCAAAGGUGA